AUGGUUGAAUUAUCUCUCAAAAAUAAAAAGUUACCCCGCUUGAAUCUCAUGUAUGGUAAUGGCAGUACCAAGAAGCAAGAGGCAAGGCAUUAUCAGUCAUCGCUGGGCUCUGGCAUCAAUUCUUACAAUAAUACGGUUUCAAAUUCAAUCAUAAGAAACUAUAGCAAUGACCCCUAUAUGCCUCACAUUGCAAGACCUCAAAGAUCCUCGUCAUCUUCAUUGCCACAAACAUCAAGACCUCCUAAACAUCCAAUGCGCCAUCAUAUCUCAUCAAGCCCAUAUUUACCUGCCACAAGAUCAAUGACAGACCCUCUUGCUUCUCCUCCUUCUCCAAGCAACACAUUCUACUUCAAUUAUCCUCCUCUUUCGCCUCCUCCAUUGUCGCCAACAAACCUAUCAUUUGCUACCUCAUCAAGACCCUCCUGGAGAGAGAUGGCACGAUCCCCUACCUAUCAACCAGCAAGUUCCAUCUCAAGCACUGAUGAUGAUGAUGAUGAUGAUGAUGAACAAGAUGAAGAUGACUCUGAUUUAGACGAUAAUACUCCUAUUGGUUUGAGGCUAUCACCUCGCCCUGUCGGAUAUGGUAAGUCUUUUUCUUUGCUAAGUGAUCUGGAAGAGGAUGGAGAUGAUGAUCUUGUACCCAUUGCUCGGUUAUCCAUCUCUCGUGAAAGUGAGCAUCAUAUGUCUGCUGCUGAAAAGUACAAACAAAAAGUAAGAGCUAGACUCCAAAUGGGCAAUUCAGCAACUGCAGCAAAUCCUUUCCUCUAA